AUGGCAACGCUUCCUGACUCCUCCGAGGCCGAGGGGUUACCUGUAGUUCAGGGAGCGCCAACCACUUUUCACGACUGGCCUCAGCUUCCUAAUGAGCUCAAGCUUGAGGUUCUGUCGUAUUUGCUCACCUUUACUGGAGGUAUUGACAUUUACCGGGGGACUCCUUCGUACGACUCCAGUAUGGAAGAUUCACACCAGAAGCGCUUAAAUGACCACCUCUUUCCUCUAAUCGCAACUAGAAAUAGAAACAUGGCCCUUCUUGCACAAGAAGCCUACUACAAACGUAACGUCUUCAUAGUACACUUCCUUCUUCAUUUCGAUUGUACUACCAGCUGGCCAAAAGCUUCUUGUGCCAGGAAGAUCCGACACAUGAUGCUUUGUCUGGGAUUACACGUUGAUUUUACUUUAAAAGAGCUUCUGUUUAGUUGCCAGGGAGUAACCUUAUUCCGACCUAGUAAAAACUUCCGUACCGAUGCCUUUACCUGCCCCAAUGAAAAAGCCGAAGCUACAAGAUUUGCCAAAACCGUACAAGACCAUCAGGCAACAAUACAUCCACGUCUCGACAAUCUGCAGACUCUUUUCAUCAACACCUCCAUAACAUGCGACAAUUUUCCCAGUAGUACGGAAAGUGGGCCGGAAUGCGAAUGCUGCGCUUGUCCGCGACAUUUCGCAUUUUUGGACAAGUUGAUAAGCGGACUCGAGCUUGUGCUGCAGGCUAAAAAGGUUGUUAUAGAGACGGAAUCUCGCUGUGCAUGUGAUACAACAAGCUGCGACGAACAUAACCGCAUCAUCAACGGCCUUGCAGAGAGAGCAACGAAAAAGUAG